UUGCCGAGUCCAGGCCAUAACCUUGCGUCAUCUCGUAUUUAUCACCCAGAACGAACUCUCUAGAAGUCGACGGAGAAACGACUGGUGUCCACAGCCCUCAGCAAAUGUUAGACACCUGGAGAUAAUCACAAUGAGAUUAUUAAUCAGCACAAUUAAUGGGAAAUUGCUCCCAGUGUUCAGUCAUCGGGUGUCAGUGAGUCGAGUUUUCUCGAGGGCGAGUGGAGUUGCCCAUCGGCAGGGCUUGCCGGUGAGGAGAAGAAGCGGAUGGUUCAACAGCCACGAAGGAGUGGGAGCCUGUCAGCAGAGGAACUGGAGAGCACUGACGACGUCUGGCAUUCGUCAGUUUUCCACGAAAAAACCCUCUGAUGACCCUCCACCAGAGACUGAAGCUGCAGAGGCUGAGGCACCUGAGCCCUACCCAGCUACAUUGCCAGCAACUGUUGUUGUACCUGAAGUAUGGCCACAUGUGCCACUCAUCGCCAUCAGUAGAAAUCCAGUCUUUCCUCGGUUCAUCAAACUCAUUGAACUAACGAAUCCCAUUCUGAUUGAUUUGAUCAGGAGGAAAGUCAAGUUGAAUCAGCCGUACGUUGGGAUUUUCUUGAAGAAGAGUGAAGAAAAUGAAGCGGAAGUUGUUCAGAAUCUGGAGGACGUGUACUCAGUGGGUACUUUCGCCCAAAUUCAUGAAGUUCAGGACCUUGGGGACAGACUGAGGCUCGUCAUCAUGGCUCACAGGAGAAUUAAAAUUGUCAAUCAGAUACUGGAGGACUUGGAAGUUAAACCACCGCAUGAGAUGAAACUGACGUUUCCACUACUAAAUACCACAAUUAACGUCCCCGUAGACGAGACAACGGCCCCAGGGAAGAAGACCCGGCCCUACAGACGAAAGAGAGUGGAUGAAAAAAUGAACGAAGCCUUGGGAACGACUGAUAAGCCAGAGGAGGUGAUCUCUGAAAUGAAAAAUGAAGAGAAGCCCCCGGAGAGUGCUGACGAGGCUGCUGCAGCUCCAGAGGCUGCUCCACCUCGUGAAACCACAGCUGGACAACCAGUGCUGAUGGUUGAGGUCGUUAAUGUGACGCACGAGAAGUUUCGACAGACUGAAGAGAUCAAGGCACUGACACAGGAAUUAAUCAAGACGAUUCGAGACAUAAUCAGCAUGAAUCCCUUGUACAGAGAGUCCCUUCAACAAAUGCUGCAUCAGGGCCAACGAGUUGUUGAUAAUCCAGUUUAUCUGAGUGACUUGGGAGCUGCUCUGACAGGUGCUGAUGCUCAGGAGCUGCAGCAAGUGUUGGAAGAAAUGGAUAUUCACAAACGUCUGAGACUGUCUCUAGCCCUUCUGAAGAAAGAAUACGAGUUGAGCAAGCUUCAGCAGAAGAUUGGAAGGGAAGUGGAGGAGAAGGUAAAGCAACAACACAGGAAAUACAUCCUCCACGAGCAGCUGAAGGUGAUAAAGAAGGAGUUGGGAUUGGAAAAGGACGACAAAGAUGCUAUUGAGGAGAAGUACAGGGAGAGGAUCAGACAGAAGACCGUUCCCAAGCAUGUGAUGGAUGUGCUGGAGGAGGAAUUGAAUAAAUUGAGUUUCUUGGAGAGUCAUAGCAGUGAGUUCAAUGUAACCCGAAACUACCUCGACUGGUUGACAUCCCUCCCCUGGGGUGUGACGAGUCCCGAGAACCUGAGCCUGCAAGAAGCCGUCAAAAUCCUCGACGAGGACCACUACGGAAUGGAGGACAUAAAAAAGCGAAUUCUCGAGUUCAUCGCCGUCUCCCAACUGAAAGGCACCACCCAGGGAAAAAUCCUCUGUUUCCACGGUCCCCCAGGUGUCGGGAAGACCUCGAUAGCGCGCUCAAUAGCCCGUGCCCUGAAUCGCGAGUACUUCCGCUUCAGCGUUGGUGGAAUGACAGAUGUGGCCGAGAUAAAGGGCCACAGGAGAACGUACGUGGGUGCAAUGCCUGGAAAAAUGAUCCAAUGCCUGAAGAAAACGAAGACAGAGAAUCCCCUGGUGCUGAUCGACGAAGUCGACAAGAUUGGCAAGGGUCACCAGGGCGAUCCUGCCUCGGCCCUGCUGGAGAUGCUGGAUCCAGAGCAGAACGCAAAUUUUCUGGAUCACUACCUGGACGUCCCAGUGGACCUGUCAAAGGUCCUCUUCAUCUGCACUGCCAACAUCGUGGACACCAUUCCAGAGCCCCUGCGAGAUCGAAUGGAGAUGAUAGACAUGUCUGGUUACGUGGCUGAGGAGAAAUUAGCGAUAGCCAAGCAGUACCUCGUGCCACAGGCGAUGAAGGACUCUGGACUCAGUGACGAGCACAUAAAGAUCGAGGACAGUGCCUUGAACACGUUGAUCAAAGCCUACUGUCGUGAGUCAGGUGUCAGGAAUCUCCAGAAGCACAUUGAGAAGGUGUCGAGAAAGGUUGCCUUCAAGGUAGUCAAGAAGGAGGCCGAGAAGGUCGAUGUGUCUGCUGAUAAUCUCAGUGAUUUCGUGGGUAAACCAGUGUUCACUCACGACAGAAUGCACGAUACCACCCCUCCUGGGGUGGUGAUGGGACUGGCUUGGACGGCCAUGGGUGGCUCCACUCUCUUCAUCGAAACGACUCUGAGUAAACCCUCUAAUUCGAAGAAAUUUGAGGGGUCGCUGGAGAUCACUGGACACCUGGGGGACGUUAUGAAGGAGUCGACGAGGAUUGCGAUGACAGUUGCUAGGAAUUUUAUGAAUAAUACUGAGCCGUCGAAUACUUUCUUGUAUGAUGCACAUCUGCAUCUUCAUGUGCCUGAAGGGGCGACACCCAAGGAUGGACCCAGUGCAGGGGUUACAAUUGCAAUAGCUCUGGUGUCACUCGCCAAGAAUCAGCCCAUCAGGCAGGAUGUGGCCAUGACUGGGGAGCUGAGUCUCAUUGGGAAGGUACUGCCUGUUGGGGGAAUCAAGGAGAAGACCAUUGCUGCCAAGAGGGUUGGGGUCAAGUGCAUUAUUCUUCCUGAGGAGAAUAAAAAAGAUUUCAAUGAUCUGGCCAAGUACAUUACUGAUGGACUGGAGGUCCACUUUGCGAACACUUUCGAGGAUGUUUAUAGGAUAUGCUUUGGGGAACAGGGGAGGGCGGAGAUGUUCUUGAAGGGGGAGGCUUCCAGCACGGAGGUGCCACCUCAGGCUGCUUCGGUUCAUGGGAAGAAGCAGGAGGAUGUGUGACUGGGUUGAAGUAUUUUUAAUUUGGAGCAUCCAGUGGGCACAUUCCUGCAGGCCAGACGUCAUUAUCGAAAAAAUCUCUGUUUUAGUACCAAAACGUGAACAAUUUGUUGGAUUAACUGAUUAACUGAUUUCUGGAGGGACUCGACGAUGGUUUACUGUAGAAAAUGAUCAGUGAUUUGUUGUUGAUCGACGAAGAGUAAAAAUAGUGUAAAUAUUUGCAGGUGUAAUUUCAUUGGUAAUGAAGAAGUUAAAUUGCGUAUGAUAAGGCGUUUGAAAUUCUAUGAGAAUACUAUUGAAAAUAAAAGUUAUUUGUACAUAAAUGAA